CCAAUGGACACUUGGGUUUGCGCGACUAUUGAUUCUAUUAUAGACAAUUGGUGGUACCUUGCAUGUUUGAGAUGCAAUUGCUCGAUGGAGAAUGACAAUGGAAGCUAUACUUGCCGGAAGUCCUCACACACUCGCGGCACAUUCCGGUACAAAAUUCAAUUUGGUGUUUCCGAUGCUUCCGCAAGUGCAACCUUUGUUUGUUGGGAUAAAGAUUGUCAGAAUAUUGUUGGGAAAAGUUGUGAUAUAUUGAAACGAGAAUAUGACCAAAAG